AUGGCUUCUUUGUGUGUUCUUUCAAUUCCAAUUAGAAUGGCUACUUAUUCUUCUUCUUUUUCAUUUGUGGCGUUGCUCUUUCUUGUUCUGGCCGAGCUCGGCAGUUGUUUGUCCAACCAGAUCACACUUGGUUCGAGACUUUCAGCUCGAGAUGAUCAGGUUUUGGUUUCGGAGAACCGAACUUUCGCCUUUGGAUUCAGUAAGGUAGGGUCGCAAGAUCAGUUUCAACUGGCAAUUUGGUACGCUGAGAUUCCCGGUGAUCGAACCAUCGUGUGGUCUGCUAACAGAAACUCACUGGUCGGAAACGAUGCAACCAUGGAGCUUGACAGCACUGGAAAUCUCGUCGUUGUCGACCGUGGAACCACCGUGUGGACAUCAAACACCUCCAACUCCGGAGCUCAGACGGCGGCGAUCUUAGAUUCCGGCAAUCUCGUCCUCUACAACAGCAGCCUCCAAGUCAUAUGGCAAAGCUUCUCAAACCCUUCCGACACACUCCUCCCUGGCCAACCAUUAACGGUCUCCUCAGAGCUGUCCUCACCAAAAUCAUCUUCAUACGGAGGCUACUAUACCCUUAAAAUGCUUCAGCAACCCACUUCACUCAGCCUCGGAUUGACAUUCAAUUUACCGGAAUCAACGAACUCAUCGCUUGCUGAUCUAGAGUCUCACACCAACUACUCUUAUUGGGCGAGUCCUGAGAUAUCAAAUGUGACGGGAGAUGUGGUUGCUGUUCUGGACGAAUCGGGAAGUUUUGGAAUGGUUUAUGGCGAGUCUUCCGAUGGGGUUGUGUAUGUAUACAAGAACGAUGGUGAUAAUGGAGGGUUAACAGAUGGGAAUCGGUCUUCCAACCAAUCGGUGACAUCUCUCCGGCGUCUGAUCCUUGAGAUGAAUGGGAAUUUGCGUUUGUAUCGAUGGGAUAAUGAUUUGAAUGGGUCUCGCCAAUGGGUGCCUGAGUGGGCUGCGGUGUCGAAUCCCUGCGAUAUCGCUGGAGUUUGCGGAAAUGGUGUUUGUAAUUUGGACACAACCAAGACCAAUGCGACCUGUACAUGCUUGCCUGGGACUUCCCGUGUAGGAUCCGAUGAAUUAUGCUGGUCUAACUCGUCUCUUGCAGGGAAUUGUUAUGAACCUCGUCAAAAUUCGACCUCGCAAUUCAAGAUUGCAACGAUGCCACAGACUUACUAUUACUUCUCUGAUCCUUCUGUGAUUGCAAACUACAGUGAUAUCCCAACGGUUUCCAAGUGUGGUGAUGCGUGUUUCUCGGACUGUGAGUGUGUUGCAUCAGUGUAUGGGCUCAGUGAAGAGAAGGCCUAUUGUUGGAUUCUGAAGAGUUUGGAGUUUGGGGGGUUUCAAGAUCCAAGCUCGACAUUGUUUGUAAAAAUUGGGACUAAUGUCUCGGCAACACCAGGAGAUGGUGCUAGAAGGUCUGGAGGUUCAUCGAAAAAAGGGUCUGGCAGUAACCACGACAAGGUUCUGGUUGUUCCAAUAGUUCUCUGCAUGUCUUUUCUCAUUGGAUUGCUCUGCUUCUUGCUAUACUAUAGCCUCCAUGGUCGGAGAUCCUUAAGGAAAGCCUUUGAAAGCUCUUUGAAAGUGUCUGGUGCUCCAUUGAAUCUCAGCUACCGAGAUCUGCAGAGUGCAACCAAUAAUUUCUCUCAGUUGCUAGGGACAGGAGGGUUUGGAUCUGUAUACAAGGGAAGCCUUGGAGAUGGGACACUAAUUGCAGUGAAGAAAUUAGAAAGGGUUUUGCCGCAUGGGGAGAAGGAAUUCAUUACAGAAGUAAACACCAUUGGUUCAAUGCACCACAUGAACUUGGUUCAAUUGUGUGGAUUCUGCUCUGAGGGAUCACACAGGCUUUUAGUGUAUGAGUUCUUCAAAAAUGGUUCACUGGACAAAUGGAUAUUUCCAUCAUAUAACAGCCAAGACAGACUACUGUACUGGCCGACUCGCUUCAAUAUAGCCAUAUCUACUGCGCAAGGAAUUGCAUAUUUCCAUGAGCAAUGUCGGAAUCGAAUUAUUCAUUGUGACAUCAAACCAGAGAAUAUACUCUUAGACGAUAAUUUUAUCCCGAAAGUAUCAGAUUUUGGAUUGGCCAAGUUAAUGGGAAGGGAGCACUCUCAUGUUGUUACCAUGAUUAGAGGCACCAGAGGCUACUUAGCCCCUGAGUGGGUCAGUAACCGCCCUAUUACUGUCAAGGCUGAUGUCUACAGCUAUGGUAUGCUUCUGCUGGAGAUUGUCGGUGGCCGGAGAAAUCUUGACAUUUCUUUUGAUGCUGAGGACUUCUUUUACCCUGGAUGGGCAUUUAAGGAGAUGACGAAUGGAACACCACUGAAAGUUGCAGAUAAACGAUUAGAAGGAAAUGUGGAAGAAGAAGAGUUUGUGAGGUCCUUGAAAGUUGCCUUUUGGUGCAUCCAAGAUGAGGUGGGGAUGAGACCUUCAAUGGGAGAAGUGGUAAAGAUGUUGGAAGGAUCAGUUGAGAUCAAUGAUCCACCCAUGCCUCAAACUGUACUAGAGUUGAUUGAGGAAGGCCUGGAUCAAGUCUACAGAGCCAUGAAAAGGGAGUUAAAUCAUUACAGCUCCUUCACCAUGACCAGCCACCCAUCAUCCCAUGCUACUUGUAGUUAUUCUACCAUGUCACCAAGAUAAUAAACAUUCAGUGGACAGAGUUCUUUCUGGAUCA